AUGUGGAUUGAAAAGGAUAUGAAAAAUAGCACACAUGGAGGGUGUUUAAGUAAACAAGUAAAUAAUGAUAUUGAAACAUUAAAGAAAAAUAAUACAUUUAUAUAUAAUAAUAGUAGACUUAUAAAUGUUCAUUCACAAUUAAAAAAUAAAAAUGAAAAUAAAAUUAAAAAGUAUGAUACAAAUGAAGAAUGUAUCGAAGGUGUAGAAAAUACGGAAAAGGAGAUGAAUGGUAUUUGUACUUCUUCCUCAAUAAUUAUUCCAAAAAAAUUGGGAAAAAAUACAUCAGAAAGAUGUUUUAAAGAUAUGAAAAAUAUAUAUACUACGAAUAAAAUUAAUCAUUUAAAUAAUAAUAAGAAUGAUAAACAGAAACAAUAUGCAGAAGGUAUGAUAUUAGAAAGGAAUCAUACCAGAAAUAAUGUAAAUAUUAUUUAUCAUAAUAAAAUGAAUGGCAAUAGAUAUAUAAAGGGAGAAGAAGAUUUUUUAAGUAAUACAUUUAAAAAUAAUUAUCCAAAAAAAAGAAAAGAGGCAAAUAGUUCAAAUAUUAGUACUAAUAAAAUAAUAAUGGAAGAAUCCAAAAAAAAACAAAAAAGUGUACAUAAAAAUAAUAAAAACAAAGAAUAUGAUACAAAUGAAAUAUGUCUAAGGAACAACAAUUUUCUACAAAAAACACGAAAUGUUUCUAUUAAUAAAAAUAUAAGAGAUAUAAAAGAAAAUCGAGACAAAUUAAAAGGUUAUGGUAAUACCCAAUAUCUAAAUAAUACUGCUACAAAUUAUAAUGAUAGUAUCCUGAAUAAUAAAACAACCUUAUAUCAUGAAUAUAAUGAUAUAAAAAAAAACGAUACACACUGUGAAGAAUGGUUUGAUAGUGCAAAUAAUGAUAUGAAAUUAAAUAAAAGAAAUUAUAAUUCGUUUGAUUAUGAACAAAAUGGAAAAGACGAAAAAUAUAAUGAAAUAAUAAAAAUAAAGAAUGAUGAAAUGAAACAAAAUCACAAUAAAGUCAAUAUAUCAAAUAAUAAAAGUAGUAGUAGUAAUAAUAAUAGUUCAAAUAAAAAGAAUUAUCUUUUAAAGAUGAAAACAUUUAUACAGAAUGAUAUUCCUCAUAUUAUAAAAAAAUCCGUAGAUAUUCAUUUAUCUACUAAUAUUGAUACAAAAAUCCAAGCUGCUAUUGAAAAGAAUAUAAUGGAUUUUAUAGAAAAUAAUUUAUUUUCUAUUAUUGAAAAAAAUGUAAAUGAUUUUAAUAGUCAUUAUAUAUAUGAUAAAAUAAAUGAUUGUAUAAAUAAUGAAAUUAAAAAAAAUAUCGAUUUAGUAUAUACAAAUGUGAAAGAUGACGUAAAUAAAAAUAUAAACGAUGAAAUAACAAAAAAUGUAGACAAUUUAAAUAAUAGUUUAAAUAAAAAUAUUACUAAAGAAAUUGAAUAUAAUAUGGAAAAAAUAUAUAUUAAAGUAAAUGAAAAUGUAGAUGAUAAAUUGAAUAAUGAAAUGUUAGAAAAUAUUACAAAUGUUCAUGAAAAUAUAUUAAAAAGUAUAAAUGAGGAAUUAAAAAGAAAGAUGGAAUUAGUUAGUGAUAAUAUAAAUAAUAGAAUUAAUGAAAAUAUGAAAAAUGAAUUGAUAAAAAAUAUAAAUCUUCUAAAUAAUAAAAUUAAUGAUAAUAUAAAUAAAGAAAUGAAAAAAAAUAUACAUAUACUUAGUAGAAAUAUUGAUGUAAAUAUAAAUGACCAAAUAGAAAAAACUACACACAUAUUAUUAAAAAAAACUAGUGAAAAUUUAAAUGAUGAAAUGAAAAAUAACAUACAUAUUUUAGAAAAAAAUAUUGAUCUAAAUUUUAAUGAAUAUAUGGAUAAAAAUUUAAAUAAAAUAUAUCAUCAAACAAAAAAUAUUAUUUUAUUUGAUGAUGAUAUAAAAAAAAAUAUAUCACAUUUAACACAAGAAAAUAUAAAACAAAAUAUAACAACAAAUAUGGAACAAAAUUUAAAUGAAGUUAUUACAUACCUUCAUGAACAUUUAUUAAAUAAGGAAAAAAAUGUAACAGAUCAAAAUUUAAAAGAAUAUGUUGAAGAAGUAAUGUCAAUAUCAAACCAAAAGAUAACUACAAAUUUAAAUGAACAAAUCGAAAAAAUAUUACAUAAAAUGUAUGAACAUAUGGAUAAAAAAAAAGAAACUCAUUUUAUAGAUAUUGUUCAGAAUAUACAAAAUAAUAUGAAUCUUAAUACUGAUCAAAAUAUACAAAAAUAUAUGAACAUAUUAUAUGAAAAUCAAAAAGAAAAUAUUUAUGAUUAUAUUACACAUAUAUGUAAACAAAUCCAUUCUUCACAUUUUUAUGAACCAAUAAAGGAAGAAAUAGUACAAAUUAAUGAAAACAAAUUCGAUUUGUUCAUAAAAAAAAUGGACGAACUAUAUAACAUUUUUAUGGAAAAGACUAAUAUAUAUAUAUCAGAUAUUAUAGAAAACGAAAUCAAAAUGGUUAAAGAAAGAAAAAGUGUACAAAAAGAAAAUAUUCUUUUACAAAAUACACCAGAUUUACAAACUACAAGAAAUUCUGAACAUGUUCAUAAUAUGGAUGUCAUACAAAAUAUAAAAGAUAUGAUAGAAUUAAAAUAUGAACAUAUUACACACAAUAUGAAACAAAUAAAAGAACAAAUGGAAACCAAUAAUAAAAAAAAUUCAUAUAAUAAAAUAUCUACUUGUUUUUCUACAUUUAAAAAACAAAUUAAUGAUGCUAUAGAAAAAAAUACACAAACAUUAUUAAAUAUUAAUGAAUCAGCUAUUAAAUAUAUGGAUCAUACCCAUUUACAAUUAAAUACAAAUAUUCAUAAUAAAAUUGAAGAUAUAUAUAAAAAAAAUAUAAUAUCUGAUAAUAAUAUAAUAAAAAAUGUUAAUGAUAUUUCAUAUAAAUUGAUAGACAAUAUUAACCAUAAACAUGAAGAAUAUAUAAAACAUAUGAAUCAUAUAUCAAAAAAUUUAAUAGAAAUACAACAACUUCCAAAAUUAAUUAAUCAACAUAUUUCUUCUAUUAUUCAAAAAAAAAUUAUGAAACGAUCAAAUCAUAUAUUUGUAUAUUUUAAAAGGUUCCUAAAAAAUAGAGAUCAAAAAAUGAACUUUAUCAUAAAUAAAAUUGAUAAAAAAUUAACAUAUAAACAAAUAUAUAUGGAAGAAAAAAAAAGAAAUCGAGACAAAUUAAAAAAUCGUAUCAAGUAUAAGGUUAUAGAAAAUAUCAAAAAAGAAAAGGAUAAAAAAAAUCAUAUAAACCAUAUAAAGGAAAUUAUUCAAAAAGGUACAAAAUGUACAAAAGGUAUAAAAUGUACAAAAUGUACAAAAUAUAUAAAAAGUCCAAUAUCUUUUAUUAAUAAAGAAAAGGUUAAAUUAAAUCAAAAACGAAUAAGAAAAAGAAAAAUAUUAGGAAAAAGAACAUGUACCAUUCAUCAAAAUUUAAAUAAAAAUAAAGAGAGCCCCCAAACAAUAAACAAUAAAAAUUAUGUAAAUAAUUUUCUUAUGGUAGAUCAUAAUUUACACCUAUUCAAAUAUUAUGAUCAACAAAAAAAUUAUUAUACAUCUCAAAAAAGGAAACCCCUAUAUGUCGUCAAUUAUUUGAAAAAUGAAAAUAAUGAAUUGAUAGAAGUUUCUCAAUAUUUAAAAAAAACAAACAUCAAAAAAAUUAUAAAAUGA